GCCUCUUUCUUCUCUCUUGGGAUUAAGAUUUGAGCCCUAAAUAAUUUCUGUGCUUCUUCUUCUUCUCCAUCUCAAGUCUCCGAUCGUCGACUUUUUCGCCAUGUUAUUUGUGCACAAGGACGCCUCCGCCCGCCGACGAUUUCCCUUCUUCGCUUCGUCUCCGCCGAAGUCGCCUCCGGGGUCCUUAGCUCGCCCCUUCGAAGACACAGUCGCCGCCCGCCUCGCAGAUCUGCUCCGCGAUGCCUCCUCCCUCUCCUGGCUCGCUCGCGCCGUCCGCGUCCUCGCCCUCAUCCUCGACGACGCCGCCGCCCUCCUGGCUGACUCCUCCGCUUCCUCCUCUGACCUUGCCACUCUCGCUUGCUACCUUGACUCCGGCGUCGUCCUCCUCGACAUCUGCAACGCCGCCUCCGCCGAGAUCGACCGCCUCCUGCGCCGCCGCCUCCACCUCCGCUUUGCCAUCCACGCCAUCGCCACCUCCGACGGCGGCCGCGACGCCGAGAGGCUACGGAAGGCGCGGGAUUCGCUGGCGGAGUGGACCGCCUGCGCCCGUCGCUCGAUCAAGCCGUCGAUCGUCGGCCUUGUGCGAUCCCUAGCCCCGGCCAACCCCCCAAGAGGAAAGAUCUCGAUCGCCCGGAGGGUGAUCUACGCGGUGGAGGCGGUUUCUUCCCUGAUCGCUGGCAUCCUGGUCGCCGUCCUAGGCGGCAGCGAGCAGCUCACCCCCGCCAGUGUCCCUUCCGACCUGCCCUGGGCGAAAGAGUACAACGACCUUGCCGCCGCGAUCUCGUGCGAGCUCGUCGGCGACAGGUUCGCCGCGGAGCUGGAUGCGGCUGAGGCCGCCGUUAAGACUUUGACGGACGUGAUCUCAACAGACGGUGACGGCGAGAAUACAGAGACGACGUUACGGAAAUACGUGGAAAGCACGGAGAAAGCCACGGGCGGAUUAACGGAAGCGUUGGAUGAGUUAUCUAACGCCGUUAACGGGCUGUUCCGCUCGGCGCUGGGUUUGAGGAACGUGACUUCGCAAGCAUUCCGUGUCGACUCCUGCAACUAAUCGAUCGGCAGAUAUGGAAAAUCAAAUAUCAAAAAUCACCCAGAAAAAAAAAAACUAGUUUUGCUAUAAUCAUGAACUGUUAUUUUCCUUUGGGUGGCCGUUAUAUUAGCAGAUAUAUUUGUGCACAAUUUUACAUGUAAACAAAUUCAUAUGCAAUAUAUUCGACUCUCGGCUCACUUGUUAA